UCUUUCUCUCUCCCUACAGUUCAUCUCGUAACAUUUCAGUUGAACGAUAAAACGACACAAUUCGAGCCAGCACUGGACCCCAAAACCCUAACCCCUCAAUCCUAGGGUUUUUUCCUCUCUCAAUUUCGAUUUCUUCCUUAGCUACUUCAAUGGAAGGCGACGAAGAGGAGGCUUCAAAUGUGAACGAACCUCACUCGCUGAUCGAAGAAGGCACUGCGGCCAUGGCCGGCGCGAGCGAGGACGUCCCGGGGACCGAGCCGCAAUGGGAGCCCCAGCCGGAGCCGGUGGCGGUGGAUGAGCCGUCGCCGCAGGAGGCGGUCAGGGUAACGGACGACGGCGAGGCGAUUGAAGGAGAGGCGGCGAAAGACGAGGAAAGGGAGAAAAACGAUGCGGAAACUACUAUUGUACCAGAAGAGGAAGAGAAGGUUGUAGAAUUGGAGAAGAGCGAGGUGGAAAAUGCUGUAGCACCAGAAGAAGAAGAGAAGGCUGUGGUUGAUGUUGCGGCGGAGGAGACGAUGGCGGCGGAAGAGGCGGCGGAGAGGGAGGCGGCUGGUGGACCCCACUCGUCGGAGGCGGAGGAGAGGGAAUUGGUGUCGGAGAGUGGUGACGUGGCGGAGGAGGAAAAGGCUGACGAGAAAGCUGAUGUUGCCGAGGAAACGGAAGUUACAGCGGCCGCGGAGGAAGUAAAUUCGGGUUUGCCGGAGAUGGAAGACGCGACUGAGAAGGGAGAGGAGGCGGAGAUUGAGGAUGUGCAGGAAAUGGAUAAGGGAGAGGAGGAGGAGGAGGCCGAGGAGGGAGAGGGAGAGGGAGAUGAAGACAGAAGCAUGGCUGAGGAAGCAUUGGAGGCAGAAGCGAUGGAGGAGGCGGAGGCCGACGUAAUGGAGGAGACGGAGACGACGGAGGCUGAAGGGAUGGAGGUGGUGGAGGAGGAAGAGGAAGCGACUCGUGGGGGGAAAAGGAAGCGUAGGAAGAAUGCCAAAUCUCCGUCCAAAGUCCCCUCGAAGAAGAAGAUGGAAGAGGACGUUUGUUUCAUUUGCUUUGAUGGUGGCGAGCUUGUCCUUUGUGAUCGAAGGGGAUGUCCUAAAGCCUACCACCCUUCAUGUGUUGAUCGCGAUGAGGCAUUCUUUCGAACAAAGGGUCGUUGGAAUUGUGGUUGGCACCUGUGUAGUAACUGUGGGAAGAAUGCAUACUACAUGUGUUACACUUGUACCUUCUCCUUGUGCAAGGCGUGUAUUAAAGCCGCGGUCAUAUUAUGUGUUCGAGGAAACAAAGGAUUUUGUGAGACGUGCAUGAAAACUAUCAUGUCGAUAGAAAAGAAUGAAAAUAAUGUAGAUUUUGAUGAUAGAAGUAGCUUUGAAUAUCUCUUCAAAGAUUAUUGGAUGGACUUAAAGGGGAAGUUAUCUUUAACUUGGGAUGAACUUGCUGAGGCCAAAAAUCCAUGGAAAGGAUCGGAUUCACAUGCUUCUAAGCAAGAGUCAACUGAUGAGCCUUUUGACACAAACAAUGAUGUUGACUCAGAUAGUGAUGGUUCUACUGGUAACUUUGAGUCUAGCAAUACCAAAAGAAGAAAGACCAGAAAACGCGCGGAGUCUCGUACCAAAGACAAGGAUUCACGUAGCACGAUUACAACUGGUUAUGAAGGGCCAUCUGUUGACGACAGUAAUGAGUGGGCAUCAAAAGAACUCUUGGAGUUUGUUAUGCACAUGAGAGAUGGUGAUGCAUCGGUUCUGUCUCAGUUUGAUGUACAAGCUCUCUUGCUAGAGUACAUAAAAAGAAAUAAACUUCGUGAUCCUCGCAGGAAAAGUCAGAUAAUUUGUGACACAAGGCUUGAGAAUCUAUUUGGGAAACCACGGGUUGGGCAUUUUGAAAUGUUAAAGCUGCUUGAAUCCCAUUUUCUCAUUAAAGAGGACUCCCAUGCAGAUGAUCUUCAGGGGAGUACUGUAGAUACGGAAGCAAGUCAGUUGGAGGCUGAUGGGAACUCCGAUGCUCCAGGGAGGGCUGGUAAAGAUAAGAAACGUAAAUCCCGGAAAAAGAGUGACGGGAGAGUGCCUCAAUCUAAUCUUGAUGAUUAUGCUGCCAUUGACAUCCACAACAUUAAUUUAAUUUACUUGAGACGUAGCUUGGUUGAGGAUCUUAUUGAUGAUACUGAAAACUUUCAUGAGAAAGUAGUUGGUGCGUUUGUGAGAAUAAGAAUUUCGGGUAGUGGUCAAAAGCAAGAUCUGUAUAGGCUGGUCCAAGUUGUAGGUACGUGCAAAGCGGCUGAGCCAUAUAAAGUUGGUAAAAGGAUGACAGAUACCUUGCUAGAGAUAUUAAACUUAAACAAGACAGAGAUCAUAUCAAUUGAUAUAAUCUCAAAUCAAGAAUUUACCGAGGAUGAAUGCAAGCGAUUGCGUCAGAGCAUAAAGUGUGGAUUUAUCAACCGGCUAACUGUGGGCAAUGUUCAGGAAAAAGCCAUGGCACUUCAAGCUGUCAGAGUGAAAGAUUGGCUAGAGUCAGAGGUAGUACGGCUUAGCCAUCUUCGUGACCGAGCUAGUGAAAAAGGGCGGAGAAAGGAGCUUAGAGAAUGUGUUGAGAAAUUGCAACUUCUGAAGACACCUGAAGAGCGCAAGCGCAGAUUAGAAGAAAUUCCAGAAAUACAUGCAGACCCAAAUAUGGAUCCAAGUUUUGAGUCCGAAGAAGAGGAAGAAACAGAUGAUAAGAGACAAGAAAACUUUAUGAGGUCAAGAGGUUCUGCCUUUGGGAGGAGAGGGAGGGAGCCCAUUUCUCCACGGAUAGGUGGAUCCGCUCUGAGUGAUACCUGGAGUGGGACCAGGAAUUAUUCCAGCAUGAAUCAAGAAUUAAGCAGGAGCAUGUCCAGUCGAGUGUUUUCUAACAAAUUGGAGGAUACGACUGGAGUUGGUGAGAUAGUGACCGAGUCAUGGAACCUAGGAAGGGACAGAGAAAUGCAACCACCAAACAGCUGGGAGAAGCACAAAAUGUCGACUUUAGAAGCUGGUUCUAGGAGUGCACAGUCUGGGGUAAUAUCUGAAUCACUUCCUGCAGCCGUCUCGGAAAACUCAGGAGGUACAGGGGUUGCAGAACCAGCAGCUCAGAUAAAUGAAUCAGAGAAAAUUUGGCAUUAUAAGGACCCAUCGGGGAAAGUCCAGGGACCAUUUUCCAUUGUGCAGCUUCGUAAAUGGAAUGCCACUGGCUAUUUUCCUGUAGAUCUGAGAAUUUGGAAAGUAACCGAGAAGCAAGAUGACUCUAUACUUCUGACUGAUGCAUUAGUUGGACAGUUCCAGAAAGACAAGGUUCAAGCCAUGCACAAUGUACAUCCAUCACCGUCGCAUUCUGGGAAGCCUCAAGGAGUAGCCAUACUUAGGGGUACAGAAGUUCAAGUUGGAGGAGAAAAUUGGAGGUCUCAAGGUGAAACUAAUUCUUGGACAGGCAAGGUCGCUCCAAUGCCAGUUGAGAUCCCAAAGCAUUCUUCAGAUGGAUGGGUUUCAACAAAUCUUCCUUCGCCUACUCCAUCUCAGACUCCCCUUGGUACAACAAAGGUUCAAGCUUAUGAAAGUAAAUGGUCAGGCGAUCCUGUUCAGUCUGCUGGUUCCCUUUUGGGAGUCAAUCGGAUCCCAGGAAACACUGAAGGUACUCAAGAGAGUAUGAUGCGAGCUUCUAAUAAUGAGUUUUCGAGUUCAUUUCCUGUUACGAGUCCAUCAUCUAAGCCAGAAAAGAUCAUGCCUUCUGGCUCUACAAGUGACCUUGCAACACAUCAUCAACCGACAAUCUCAGCCCCUGUUUUGAAUCAGGCUUCGUUAAAUACUGGUGCUGAUAUAAAAAGUGUCGUUUCAAAUCUACAUAGUUUAGUUCAGUCAGUAGCUAGUCAUCUCCCUCCUGUUGAGACACAAGGGUGGGGUUCUGCUUCUCUUCAGAAACCCGAAAUGAUUGUAUCUACCCCAACGCCUGGAAGUGAAUCUCAGCCUUGGAGAGGUGCUCCAUCCCAGAAAAUGGAAACAAAUAAUCAUGUUAGGAUGCCUGCACAACCGGGAGCUCAUGGUCAAUGGCGUGACGUCCCAAGUGUCAAUUCCACCGUCUCAUCAUUUAGUGCUGGAAAUGCCGGGGGGAAUUUUUCAACAACUGCUUUCCAAACGGUCCCACCAUCAGAUCCUUGGAGACCUCCAGUUGCAAGUAAUCAACCAAACAUUCAGCCUCCUGGUCCACCCAAUGUAUCUUGGGAUAUGGGUGUUGUGGGCAACCAAAAUGCCGCUCCAAGAAUGGGGCAAGAGAGUCAAAAUCCUAGUUGGGGGCCAGUGGCAGCAAAUCCAAACAUGGGAUGGGCAGGACCAGGACCGGGAAAUCCAAAUAUGAACUGGGGUGUUCCUAGUCAGGGUAUGGUGCCUGGAAAUACCAAUCAAGGAUGGGGUGCAGCACCUGGUCAUGGGUCGACACAUGGAAAUCCAGUUUCUGGUUGGGGGCCACCACCAAUGAAUACCAAUGCAAAUCAAAGCUGGGCUGGUCAUGGUCAAGGACAAGCACCUGGAAAUGCAAAUCCCGCUUGGACCGCGCCAGGUGGGAACCAAGGCAACUGGGGAAGCGAGCGAAGUCAUAACACCGAUAGGUAUGGGAACCAGAGGGAUAUGGGUUCUCAAGGUGGAGAUUCCGGUUAUGGUGGGGGUAAACCAUGGAACAGACAGUCAUCAUUUGGUAGUGGAGGUUCAAAGCCUCCUUUCAAAGGGCAGAGGGUUUGCAAGUUCCAUGAGAGCGGACACUGCAAGAAGGGCGCUUCUUGUGAUUAUCUGCACACUUGAGUCUAACGAUACUUAAUUCCAGCCGCCCGGCAUCUGAUAUUGUACAGUAGUAUUAGUUUCUCGUUAGAGUUUUGACAUUGUAUAAGCAAUGACCCUUUUUAUGUUAUAGAAUUGUGCAGUGUAGAAGCUCACCAUUUUUUGCUUUCUUAAAAUUCAAUCUUUUAUAGUCUCUUGGUAAGCUUAGAGCUCUGUCACUUUGAUUUUCUCAUUGGAAUUUGGAACUAAUAAUGGUUGAUAGUGCUGUUGUCUCACGUUGUAAACUAAAAAUGGAUGGAGAUCUUUUUACAGGUCCUUUUUGGUCUUUUUGCUCGUUAGCGCUUGAUAAGCUCUUUUGGGGCUCUUUUUGUACACUCUUUUCUCCCGUCACCAUUUUUCUUUAAAGGAUCCCUACUUAU